ACUAUCAAUUAGGCUGAUUCUGCUUUAACCCUGAUUGAAGACACCUUCCUUAAUUGUUUUACCGAGAGUGGAAUUUCCUUUUCGACCAUUUUCUUCAGGUUUCCUCAAUUGGAGCCUGACACAAGCUUGUCUUCUUCCAACAUAGGGAUGACAAUGGGUACGGUCGGGUGCAGGUAUGCGCUAUCUAUGGCUUACCCUUGUCGGAGUUUGCAUGGGAGCUUCCAGAGGAGGCCGGGUCGUUGAAGGUGCGUGGCGGAACUCGUGUUGAAUGGAUGGAGAUUGGAACGAAUCAUACUUGCGGGCUUUCCUACCCGAUAGCUUGAUUGAACAGAUAAAGCUCCAACCUAGCUAUACCGAAUGGUACUGGGCACGACAUCCCGGUAUGGCGGCUCCACUCCAAAUGGACAGUUUAGUCUGAAGUCGGCGUAUGAGCUCACAAACGAGGAAGAAUGACCUGGUGGUUCUCAUCCAGUUUUGGAGAGCGGUCUGUAAAAUUCUGACCACUCAGCGGCUCCGAUCCUUCUUUUGGUACAUGUUCUUCGCCAUCCUACCCGUCGACACAACUAGGAUCUUCAAUGACAUUCAAAGGUCAAUGACGACAAUGGGGAGGAUUGGAUGGAAUAUCAAACGAUGAAGACAGAUUGGGUGGGAACUCUCCAUGUUAAUCUCUCCCUUCCCUUAGUCGUUGAUUUCCCUCCUCUAGUGGUGGCAUUGAGCUUCUCCGUCGGUGAGAUAUGGGCCACAAAAAAAAAAAAAAAAAAAAAAAACAGAAGGGAAAAAUAAAUGGGGAAGAUGAGAAGAACGAGAGGGGUGUUCCUCAAAUGGUGAUAACUGGUGCUUUCAUCAGGAAGGAAAGACAGAAUGCUAUCCGCCGCUGGCUAUUGCUUUAAGUUUUUGGGGGUGGGGAAUUUGGAGAAAUGAAAUAAAUGAGCAGGUUGGCUGCCUAUUGCCACUUGCCAGGGUUAGGGGAGGGUAUUAGAUAGCCGGUUGGGUAUUUGUAAUUACCAUAACCGUACCCUACCCAUUAUCUUGAAACCAGGUAUUACUCGUACCAGUGGCGUAGCCAGACAUCGAGUCCACUAGGGUCUUUAAAAUUUUACUAACAUAAAUGCUUGUGUACCUAAUGAAUUUUGAGUUAACCGGGGUCCUUGAAGAGCUAACAUCGUUGAGAGUAUGGGGUCCUAAACUUGAAUUAUCGUACUAAAACCUAUGUAUUUAAAGGAUUUUGUUGCCCAAUUAUUUGCCAAGUGGGGUCCCUCUCCUCCUUACCUCCCUCCGCCACUGACUCGUACCCACCCCUUAACCCGUCAAAACGAGUAAUUACCCUCGUUGACCGGUUACGAUCGCGUAGGAUACCCAUGAUUACGGGUUGGAUUGACAUCCCUAGAUGUGAAGUGACGAUGGAUAACUAAAUAUGGAAGUUGCAAAAUGGAAACUUUUUUUUUUUGGCUAACAAUGAUCUAGCGGAAGGGCAGUAAGGAUUUGGCAAGUGAUUCAUCGAAGGAGAUAUGGAUAUGGGGUUUUUGUUCUGAUUUUGAUUCAUUACGAGUGCGGGCAACUUGUCAUCAGCUGGAAAGUGAUGGAGGAAGGACUAAUCUUCUUCUUAGUGGCGGGUGGCAGAGGAGAGGGGUUUCCAAGGGUCAUGGGUCAGGUUAGGGGUUGAGUUAGAGAUUGGUUGGGUGCUUAUGACGUGGCAGGUCGAGUUUAAACCUUUUUGGAUUAAAAUAGGUUGAUUAGGCGAUUCUAUUGGCCAAGUCGGCAAAAAAUAAUGGUGUUAACGGAGUUGGACGGAGACUAACGAAGAGUGACAAAAAAUGACAUGUUCUACUAAAAUUAGUGACCAUUAUUGAUAUUAAUUUUUUCGGCAAUGCCUAUUUAUUAUCCAAACUUUUUUCAGAUUCUUUUUUAUUAGUCAAACCUAUCGAAAUACUAAGAAUGAGCCAAAUGUUAACUUUCAUUUAGCAAUUUUGUUAGUAAUAUUGACUUGGCAACAUGAUAUUGACUUGGAAGAGAUAUAUGAAAGUCAACAUUCAAUUUUUUUAGUAUUUUAACUAAGAAAAGAGUUACAAAAUUAUAAACAAUAAAGUAAAAAUGACUAAUAUUUUAUGCAUUACGAAAGAUUUGACUAAUUAAUAGCAAUUUAAUAGGUUUGAAGAAUAUAAAAAGAAUCUAAAUAAGGUUUGAAUAAAAAAUAGACAUUACCCUAAUUUUUUUCGGUGACUAAACAUAUCACGUUUUAGUACUCAGUGACCAAACUUGACAUUUACCCUUUGUAAACUAUACUCCACCACAAAAUUAGAAAUGAUCACGUCUUCCUAUGAUAUUAUUUUAACUGUUAUGACGUAAUUAUAUUAUCACAUAAUUUUGACAUAAAUUGUCCCUUUGGAA